ACCAAGCAUUGUCUGUGUUCAAACCUGGGUCAGUCUCUCUCUCUCUCUCACUCUCCAGCUGUCUGUCUGUUUCCCCCGUCUCUCAGAGACGACUGGUGCGCGUUUGGAGUGAAGAAAGUUUUCUCUUGCUGGUGGAGCGUCCUUUUUCUGCAGAGAUGUUGAGCUUCAUAGCCCUGGCUUCAAUUAUUCUUUCUAGUCUAGCUCCUCAAUCGGAAGCUAUCUGGGUUUACACCGGCUGGGAGAGACACGCUCUGGUGGGGUCGGAGGUCAGGCUGUCCUGUUCCUUCUUUUCGUGGCGCUGGCUGUCCGAUGACGUCACCUUCUCCUGGAGCUACAAGCCCGACAACGCCCGCUCCAGCAUUUCGAUUUUCCAUUAUGCUGGGGGCCAGCCCUACGUAGAUAACAAGGGACCAUUCAGAGACCGCUUGGAGUUUGUCGGUAACCCCCAGAAACGGGACGGGUCCAUCUUGAUCCGAAACCUGGACUACAACGACAACGGAACCUUCACCUGCGACGCCAAGAACCCCCCUGACAUCGUGGGGCGACCCUCAAGUGUCAAACUCCUGGUGUUUGACAAGGUGCCCGUCCGUGCCGGCGUAAUAACGGGAGCUAUCAUUGGUUCAGUGCUGGGUCUUGUCAUCUUGAUUGUGGCUAUUUACUUCCUGAUGAGAUUCCUGGUCGCGAGGAGAGUCUUGAACCUGAGUGUGAGCAAGAUAGAAAAGGGGAAGAAAGUCAAAGGGAAAGAGGGAUCUCAACAGAGACAGAUGUGGUCUCUGUUCUCUCCUCGAGGGCCCGGUCCUGUACGCCACCCUCGACCAGUCCAGUAAACUGAAAGCCGCCGGGUCGGAGAAGAAGAAAUCGGGAGACUCCAAGAAAGAUAAAAAAUAGGAUACGGAGAGCAGAGAGCUAGAUUCAGCCCAAGCAGACCAGCCCCAAACCACCGCCACCGCCGAACCCAAGAAAAAAGAGACCAAACGAGAGAGGAAGGAGAGGGAGAAGAAGGAGAGGGAAGGGGAGGAGAGGGGGACGCCCAAGAGAGAGAGAGUCGUCAUGACCAUUGAAAUGGAACUGAAGAAAGACGGGGAGAGAGGAGAGGAAGACACCGCCGGGGUCCCCAAAAAGUCUCCCAGCUUUCUCGAACAGCUCUCCAGCAAACUGAGCCCGUCGAAAAAUAACGGAUGAUGGGAAUACGCGUGAAAGAAAGGAAAUAGGUCACAAAGUAAACGUCCAGCUUUUUUAUUAUUAUUGCAUGUUUUUUUUUUUUCUCGGAAAAGCAGAAUCUUAAAUUGUAAUUCUGAAGCGUUUAUUUAACUAGGAUAGGAUCCCUUUGAGAGACGCAUCUCGUUUAUUCAAGGGGACCCUGAUAAAAUACAGCUCGUUUAUUUAUAUAUUCCUGUAACUUUCUUAAAAAGCAAAAACCAAGUUUGGUAUUUUUUUAGAGGAUUAAGAUCCUUAAUUUUUAACUCUACAUACUAUCUGUGACUCUGUUUUUAUUUAGUAAGAGUAUAAAGGGUGUAAGAAUUCACGGUUGAAGAAUGCGUAAAAAAAAUAAUUACAAAAGUGUUUCGUAAUAUUAAGGGAACUAUAAUAAGGAAGGCGUGAGUUUGGGUUUAUUUAUAAUCUCCUGAUUGGUUACUAGGUGACGUAAUGGGGCGGGGGCGGGGUAAGGGGAGGGUCCUCAUUCCUGUCGAACUCAAGUCGUAAAAUUAUCCACCAAAUGUCCUCAAAAAAAAUCCUACCUGAUUUAUUAUAAUGAUAUAAGCGACACGACCAGAACUAAAGUCGUAAAGUUUUACAACCGAGCUGAAGUCGUAAACGUUUACAACCGAGCUGAAGUCGUAAACGUUUACAACCGCAAUGCAUUUGGUUUAUUGUAAACCGUUAAAAAAAACUCUCCAUUGAGUUAAAACGCAUUUAUAAAUACAGUCGUCCAACGUUUAAAAAAAUAAAAAUCAUUAAUAACAUUUGGGUUCGUUUUAAACUAUGGUGCUAUCCCUUACAUAAAUCAUAUCGGGGAAUGAAAAAUACCUCACUUUCCAUGCUCAUGUGCUGGCUUAACUAUCUGUGCAUCGAUCUAAAGAAUUCAGAAAUAUUCAUUGUAUGUGUAGAAACAUAUUAUAUGUGUAUAAACAGGAAACUCAAGCAUACUUCAGUCCUGUUAUAUAUAUAUAUAUAUAUAUAUAUAUAUAUAUAUAUAUAUAUAUAUAUAUAUAUAUAUAUAUAUAUAUAUAAUCAACUGAAUUGCUGUGGGGUAUAGAGGUAGGACAGUAGUUCAGUUAUAGACUCACAGCAUCUGUACAUCAUCUGCACAGGACGCCUAGUCUUAGAAUGAUGACGCUAUAGAUCAAUAGAAGAACCCAGGAUUUAUAAUGCUUAAAUCCACAAUACACAUCUCUGAAUAUGCCUUAAUUGUUUUGGCACGAUCUAUCUAUCUAUCUAUCUAUCUAUCUAUCUAUCUAUCUAUCUAUCUAUCUAUCUAUGGUCUAUCUUGGUGUUGUCAGUUCUGAAUUAUUUCGUUCUUUCUCUCCCUCCUUUCUUUCUUUCUUUCUUUCUUUCUUUCUUUCUUUCUUUCUUUCUUUCUUUCUUUCUUUCUUUCUUUCUUUCUUUCUGCUCGGUAAUAUAAUUCUAAUGUAUCUAGUUAUUAAUAAAAAAAAGUACAAUUCUUGGUCUUGGUUUUGAAACGAAGUUCCGGUUUAACAGUCAGCUGAUUCCAUGACGUCAAGAAAUUCCAGCUUUUAUAACGACACUUCCUGUUUGUUGGAACCUUGGGGGCGUUUUUAAAAGAACUGUUUUCAGAUGAACAGCGCGAACGGUUUUGACGUCAUCGGAACCUAAUGAAACAAAACGAGUGUGUGGCUCAACAUCAAAAUCAGCUGUAAUUGUAAUAUAAUUACUGGCGGAGUCAAUAUAUUUAAUUCUCAAAGCGAUAUAUUUGUUAUUUAAAACCGGUAGCAAGGUCUAUUGUCAAUGCUUAAGAUCUAUUGCAGCCGAUAUGUCGCUACCUUCAUAAAACAGCACUCUAGUAUACAAAAUCCUAUCUCUGUAAAAAUCGGACUUUAUUCUUUCAAUUAGACCCCCUGAACAUAUCACUCCAGUACAGUCAUUGUAAUCAAUGUCUAUUAUAAAUACAGUUUUGGUCAAUUACAAUAUAUUUAACCGACUGCAAUAUCUAAACCAUUUCUAUCCAGAUUUGAUACAGUUAUAAUAAUAAUAAUAAGCAUCUUUUUUUUUUUUAAAUGAGUGAAAGUUAAAAUGAAGUCAAGAUUUUUUUUAAAAAGAAAGAUGCACGAGAAAGAAAAAAAAACAUGUUGAAAAAAAGACGUUGGCGUUUACUAUGGACUUAAAUACCAAAUAAAAUACAAUUUAAAAACAAAGACGAUUUGAUCACCCAAAUACAUUAUUUCUGUGAUAUUUGGAAGGCAUUGGGUGCUCGUCUCACACAGAGAAACUAGUUGAGGAAUUGUCUACCCCCCUCUCCUCCCCUUUCCCCCUCCCCCUCUCCCCUCUCCUCUCCCCUCUCACAUCCCCCUCUCCCUCUCCCUCUCCCCUCUCACCUCUCCCUCUCCCCUCUCACAUCCCCCUCCCCUCUCCCUCUCCCCUCUCACAUCCCUCUCCCCUCUCCCCUCUCCCCUCUCCCCUCUCCCCUCUCUCUCUCUCUAAUUUCUUAGCAGACGCCCUUAUCCAGGGCGACUUACAAUCGUAAGCAAAUACAUUUCAAGUGUUACAGUACAAGUAAUACAAUAAGAGCAAGAUAAAUACAAUGACUUUGGUUCAAAUUCAUUCUGUUGGCGCUACCUGCUGUGUCGCGUUGUACAGUAUAGCGCGCGACAGCGGUAGAAAGGUCACAGAGUUUCUGGAAAGAGAAAACUAGAUUUCACGAGUCGGCAUUCCUCUUAGUACUGAAUGUGUCUGAACGAAACAUAAGGAUUUAUCAACCGUCAAAGCACUGCAUUGCAAAUAUCAUACAUAACCAAGAGAAAUGGGAAACGCAUUGGACUGGUAUUUGAAGGUGACCAGUUUCUAAAAAGUGAAAUUAUUUGAAGAAAAUAAAAAGGUCUGUUAGCUCUCUGCUACUGUGUAGAACUAUUUUGUUUUUUAAAUUAAAUAUUGUACUUAAAAAGACGGAAAUGUAUAGUCUGUAUAUUUUUUUUUUUUUUUUUUUUUUUUUGAAAGACGGAUGACCGUGAAAUGUUUCGUCUCUGAUUCACGCCCCAGUUUGUCUUAGGAAAAAAAGAGAGGCCAAAUGAUAAAUAUAUAGCACUGGCCAGAAGUUUUGCAUCACCUAGAAUUUUACGAUUGCGACAUCUAUCUAUCUAUCUAUCUAUAUAUAUCUAUAUAUAUAUAUAUAUCUAUAUAUAUAUAUAUAUAUAUAUAUAUAUAUAUCUAUAUAUAUAUAUAUAUAUAUAUAUAUAAUUUAGAUAUUUGAUUUAACAUCGUGUAAUCAAAGACACUACAGAAUGAUAUAGAUUAAAAAGUCUAACGGAAGAUAUAUAGGCCUACAAUAAUAUUUCAUGUUAGAUUUUGAAAUGUCACAUUUUUCAAUGUGUCGGUUUUGACAGAAAAACUACAAAGGAAUGUAAUUCAAUAUUUUGACGUAACAUUUCUCAGCAGGUUUCAUUGGAGUUUAUGAAGCAGAAUUAGUUCAAUUCUAUAGGGCGAUGAUGCAAAACGUUUUGGCCGUAGCUGUGUACGAUGGCUUUCUAAACUCUGUGUGUGAAUCAUCGGUCAAUUAAAAAAAGGAAAAAAAAAAUAGUUUCAAGGUCAUCCGGCGUUGAGAUAAUAAAUAAACAUCUUGGAAGUCUCCAGACUCUGGAGAACUGGGCUGGAAUUAAAUACACGUUAGAACAGCAUUGUAGACAUUGAAAGUAUUAGUGAGUCGACGCCAUGAACGUUAGUUUGAUUCCAGCCCUGACUUUAUCAGUGUGUCCGUCACUGAAGUUUAAGAUCUAUCCAGUCUUAUCAAAUAAACUGUCAUUAAUUUGUCGUUGCUCCUUUAGUUUUAGAAGCAUGACUAACCUGUAUUCCUGUCCGCUGUCUUUAUGCUGUUAAAUAAAUAAAUAAAUAAGAGCAAAAACAACUCAUUUAAUAAAUAAAAAAAUGGAAUCAAAUAAAGUAAAUAUCUUCAAAGUA